GCUCUUCAACAAUUACCUAUAUUUCUCCUAUUUAUAAUUAUAUAUUAGUGUAUAAAUAGAACUGUACGAAUACGAAUAAACAAUAGGCCACUUUCAGCACUUAUCCGGCGCCUCACGGCGAGCGGAGCAAACACGAUACCGGUCCGGUCUUGGUGAUAGCCCGAUUUGUCAGCUAAUUGAGACCAUCUUGAUCCAUAUAGCUCGGCCUCGGUCUCCUCACCUUGUUUAGCUUCAUGAUAUCAUUAGAUAUAAAAGUAACGAGUUAUCUCAUUCGAAUUAUAUAUCGUAUCCUCGGAGUAAGCCUGCUGUAGUACACCAUGACCAAUAUCAGCGUCAAGAUAGUAUCGGACACCGUCUGCCCAUGGUGUUACAUUGGCAAAAAGCGCCUGGACCGAGCUAUCGACCUAUACCGCAAGACGUAUCCUGACGGCAAGAAUGACACUUUCACAGUCUCCUGGGCCCCGUUCUAUUUGGACCCGACUUCGCCUAAGAAGGGUAUUCCGCUUGUCGAGCGCAUGAUCCAGCGCUUCGGCCCGGACAAAUUAGAAGCCAUGCAAAGGCGCCUGGAGCUGAUAGGACGCGAGGAGGGCAUCAACUUCAGUUUUAAGAGCAAGAUUGGUAACACACGAGACUCGCAUCGUCUGAUCCAGUUUGGCAAGACAAAAGGCAACGACGUUGAGAACCGUGUCGUGCUGGAGCUAUUCAAGUCAUAUUUCGAGGGCGAGGGGGACAUAACGUCGCAUGAUACGCUGAUCGAUGCGGCUGAGAAGGCCGGUUUGGACAAGGCAGAGGUGAAAGACUGGCUUGAAACGGGCAAAGGCGGCAAAGAGGUCGACGAGGAGGUACAGGAAGCGUAUGCGAAGGAUAUACAUGGUGUACCACAUUUCACAAUUCAAGGUAAGUACGAGGUCGGCGGAGCAGAAGAUCCCCAGACUUUCUUGGAAGCGUUCGCAAAAGCGAAGGAGGGAAUUUGAAACGGCGUGGGGCCUGUUCGUCGGGCUUGUCGUAGGAAUUGGUGGAUGGCGUU